ACCUGCGCAGCCAUCUUGUACUUCGAGCGAGGGGUAGAUCGGAAGGAAGGAAGAAAAGCAGAACAAAAUAACAGUGUUUUGCGGUAUAUGGUCAGUAAUGUCCGUCAAGUGACUGAAUCCAACGAGAAGACAGUGUUGAGGUGUGAUCGGAGGGGGUAAAUCAGAGAAAUCUGCCCCAGUGUCUCGGGAUUCCAGACGGACAAGUCAUCCUCUUCAUCAUUAUCGCGUCUGCUCGCGGAGAAAAGAGUCCAAUCUCCUGCUGAACACAACGACAACGAUACAAACACACCAUGAAUCCAGAAUACGACUACCUGUUUAAACUGCUCCUCAUCGGUGACUCUGGAGUUGGAAAGUCAUGUCUUCUGUUGAGAUUUGCUGAUGACACAUACACUGAGAGCUACAUCAGCACCAUAGGUGUGGACUUCAAGAUCCGCACUAUUGAACUUGAUGGAAAAACCAUUAAGCUACAGAUUUGGGACACUGCAGGGCAAGAAAGAUUUCGAACCAUAACCUCCAGUUACUAUCGAGGGGCUCACGGUAUCAUUGUGGUUUAUGAUGUCACGGAUCAGGAAUCGUAUAACAAUGUGAAACAGUGGCUACAGGAAAUAGACCGCUAUGCAAGCGAGAAUGUCAACAAGCUGCUGGUGGGGAACAAAUGUGAUCUCACCACCAAGAAAGUAGUGGACUACACAACAGCCAAGGAAUUUGCCGACUCUUUAGCAAUCCCCUUCCUUGAGACGAGCGCUAAGAAUGCCACGAAUGUGGAGCAGGCCUUCAUGACCAUGGCUGCCGAGAUCAAAAAGCGCAUGGGCCCUGGAGCAACAACUGGAGGAGACAAGCCCAACUUGAAGAUCGAGAGCACUCCUGUGCGGCAGUCUGGCGGCGGCUGCUGUUGAAGAGCCUGAGCGUGCACACACAUAGACACACACACACACACUCACACACACACUCACACACACACACAACCAUCCCUUUCCCCCUCAAACACAUUUUCUCACACACCAAAAAAACAGCAUUCUCACAGGAGGAACCACUGCAUUAAGAGCCAACGUCUAACAGCCUUACGGCUUCAUUUAUGACAUCAUAGUCUUCUUGUUUUAAUUAUCCUUUCCCUUUUUGUAAGAAACCUCACCCCUUUUUCCUCCCUGUGCACAUUAAUAACCCCGCCCACUCCCAUAGCCCCACCCCCUGUACUUAAAGUGGAGCUUUGGUACAGUCAUAUGUUUAUGUAGAGAUGUCUGUAAUGAGAGCAGAUGUGGGGGUGAUUCUCAAAUCCUCCUUUUAAACAACUAGCGAGGCUGUGUUAAGAAAGUUAACCUAUCUCUCUAGUAUUUCUAAUUCUCUCUCACACAUUGUCACUUGAAUGAGGUUUUGUGGGCGAAAGCAUGGCUUCUGAGGCUGAAUCGACAGGAAGUCAACCGCAUACAAAGUCGGCAAUAUUCUAUACUUGUUCUCAUCCUACUAGUAUAUUAUUGUUAUUAUGGUGAUUUUUAAGACUGAUUUGUUUUUGUUUUUUCUGUAGGUUUUUGAUUUUCUAAUGAAGGCUUGUACAAAGGCUUACUGCUGUCAAUGACGUAGUCUGGUUGGGGAAGGAAACAGAUAGAGUUGGGGGUUUUUUGUUCAUAAUCUGGAUUACGGGGGUCUAGGCUUUAGGUUGGUUGAUGAAAGCUACUGUUCCCUCUAUUACCUCAAUGACCUCUGCUACUUUCGAGUGUUCGGCCAUCACAGGUUCAAAACAAAUGCACGAACACCAUCUUGACUCGCAUUGAGGUUGUUUCCCCCUGUGGUCAGCAUGUUUUUGGCUUUGGUUUGAAACCUCAGAUCUAUAUUUUGGUGUAAUUUUACCAUCUUGUUGAGCCAGACAUCCACUAAAGCCAACCCGUAGUCCUCGCUGCUGCCAAAAACGGUCCAUCAUGCAUUGUGUGUGCUUUGUAUUUAUUUAAAUACGGUAAAUAUAUUUGCAUAUUUGUAAAGGGCCUUAAUUUCGCCACUAAUGAAAGUGUGCUAGUUCCAUGGAUCUGGUUCAGUGUGCUGUUUUUGUGGGAAUAUUGUGUAUUACAUCUAGGAAUAUUGGGAUUGACUGGUCCAGUGUAGGAGACCGGAUAUGACCUCCCAUGUUCUUUAAUGAAAAAAAAAUAUUCAUACAUGUAGAUUCUAGCUUUCAAAUCUACCUACUAAUUGAUGGACCUUUCUCAAAAUAAGGGUCUCAUUCAGGUGUUGCCUUUGGUGAUCGAAGAGGUUCAUACGGAUCCUACGUGGCAACCUAAAGCCCCUCCACAUGGUUCUAUCUCAUUAAGCAAAUUUCUAACACAAACUGCAAUUGAUUGGCCUGAUGACAGUGUUUUUGACCUGGCUGUUUUAUUAUGUACAAUGUGGAUCUAGAAAAUGUAGAUAAGAGUUUGUGAACUUCACUAGUAUUAGUGCGUCACUCGGUCUUAAUUAGGAUAGUCUAACCAUCGUGACAUUAGAUCAGUGUAAUCUAGGUUUUACACCACUAACAUCUGCCAAUGCUAACAUAACCGCACAAUCUCAUCACUAAUGUUGUGUGGUGAAUUUGCUUGUACUAUUUUGUAAGUGAACUGGUAGCGUCGGGUUGGAGGGAGCAGUAGCAGGGAUAUGGGUGCGAGUGCAAUGGUUGGGAAGGAGGGACGGGCAAGGGGCAACUGCAUAAACUGUGUUUGGGAACAUUCCUUUUGAUUUUAAAACAGGUCUGUUGUGGAUCCCGUGUUACGUCUGUGUGAAAAUAAACAGUAUAUGAAAGUCUCAUUUAAACCCUGCACUCAUUCACACACUAAACAAGUGCUUUUUUGGAUGCAUUCGGAAGAGUCUGUUUUCUCAGAAGGAUUGCUGUCUUUUGAUCUAUGAAUUUAGAGUUUUGUGGUAAUGUUUUGGGUUAGUGGAAAGAUGAAGGGUUUGGGGUUGGGGGGGGGUCGAUGCUUAUGAAUGUGAUGGAGCGUUCUUAUGCUUUUCGUCUUUUCAGUUUCACUUUUUACCCAUGUCAUUUGCACAUCUAAUUUUUUUGGAUUAAGACACGGCGAUGGUAAAAUGGCAAGCACCUCUUUAGUAGUUUCCCUGUCUAAUAAUACAAGCUCUUUCUCUAUCCCCCUUUGCUUGCUCACCCCGGUGCUGUUUCAUAGCUGGGUUUGAUCUUGUUUUCUCUUCUCUGUACAUAUUAUAAAUAUAUAUAAUAAAAUGAUCAACAUGAGACUUAAA